AUGCAUAUCUCACGAGCAAUCAUCCUGGGCCUUGCCGGCCUUUCGCGCCUGGUCGUGGCCACCGAGGAUCAGAACGCUACCGACACUCUCGUCGAUCUCAACAGCCAAGCGAUUGACGCACUCCAGGAAGCCGCUGAUGACACCCAGACUACCAAGAGAGCCAAUGGCUGCUCGCUCUCCAACGCCUCCGUUCGCCGAGACUGGAAGUAUCUGUCAUCCAAUGAGAAGAAGGAUUAUAUUAAUGCUGUCCUCUGCCUGACAAAGCAGCCCUCCAAGGCCGACCCUGCAUUUGCCCCUGGCGCCCGCACUCGAUAUGACGACUUUGUUGCCGUUCAUAUCAACCAGACCCUGAGCAUCCACGGAACUGGUAACUUCUUGACAUGGCACCGUUACUUCACCUGGGCCUACGAGACCGCGCUGCGCAACGAAUGUGGCUACAAGGGAGCCCAGCCUUACUGGAACUGGUUUGAUGGCUCCGACUUCAAGAGCUCGCCCCUCUUCGAUGGAAGCGACACCAGCAUGAGCGGUGAUGGAUCGUACGUCCAGCACGACGGUGCCCUCUCCGGCCUCAACAACAUUUACAUCCCCUCCGGCAACGGCGGCGGCUGCCUCAAGGACGGUCCCUUCAAGGGACUCCAGGUCAACCUGGGACCCGUCUCCCCCGGCAUGGCCGGCAUGACAGCCAGCCCGACCGGCCCCAUGGGUUACAACCCCCGCUGCCUGCGCCGCGAUCUGAGCAGCUACCCCGUCAACACCUGGUUCACCGCCCGCAAUCUUUUCAACGUGACGCUCGGCGCCGCGUCUGGCAGCAUCGCCGCCUUCCAGAAUGAGCUCCAGGGCCGGUUCGGGGACCAGUUCCUCGGCAUGCACGCCGCCGGCCACUUCACGAUGGGUGGCGACUCGGCCGACCUGUUCUCGUCGCCUAAUGACCCCAUCUUCUUCCUGCACCACGCCAUGGUCGACCGUCUGUACUGGCUCUGGCAGGCUCUGCACCCCAGAGUGGCCAAGGAUAUCUUCGGUACUAUUACCAUUCUGAAUAUGCCCCCUAGUCGCGAUGCCUUGAAGACCGAUAUUCUGAACUUGGGUGUCCUUGCGCCGUCGAUUAAUAUCGCGGAUGCGCUGGAUACGCUUGGCAACUCUCCUUUCUGCUACAUUUACCUGUAG